AUGAUGGAUUCUCAAUACUCAGAGGAGGUGUUUGAGUCGACUACUAAAACAAGAGGUGCUGGCUUUAGCCCAGAGGAGGAUGCUCUUCUUAUUAGUGCAUGGUUGAACACUGGUAUGGAUCCAACCACAGGCAAUGAGCAAAAGUCUAACACCUUUUGGGGGAAGAUCACAGAUUAUUACCAUAAAUACAAGGACUUUGAUUCUGAUCGUUCCCAACAAAUGUUGAAACAAAGGUGGGGGAAAAUACAGAGUAUCGUCAACAAAUUUUCAGGGUGUGUUGCAUCUAUAAAUAAUCUACAUGAAAGUGGGAAGACUGAACAAGACAAGAUUGCAGGUGCAAAGAGUAUGUAUGAAAAACAAGUGAAGGGGAAAAGGUUCACUCUUGAUCAUGCUUGGAUUCUCUUAAGGCACCAACCAAAAUGGAAUCAAAUAAUGCAAGAGCCAAACAUGAAGAAAAGUAGGAAAAGAUCUAAACCUUCUACAACUAAUAUCUCAUCAUCUUCAACUACAAGCACUCAUAUAGAUAUUGAGGAGGAGAUGAACACUUGUAGUUUUGUGACUAGACCACCUGGUACAAAGGCUGAAAAAAGAAAGUUGAACGAAACUGAUCAACUAGUAGAACUUCAAAAGUUACAUCUAGAAAAAAAAAGAUGA